AUGACAAGACUUGUACUGGUACAACUCCUCUUGUUGGUGGCUUGCUAUCUCGUUCCGAGAGCCAAUGCUGAUGGUCAUGCAAAGGGCGGCCAACCCAACUCGGAUAUUGAUGAGAUCAUCCGAAAUGAAAUGAAAGAAAUCAUGGACUAUCUUGUAAGAGACGUCCCUGACAGGAACUUCAAGUUCAGCUGGGAGCUUGCCGAGGAACAGGAAGGGGGGCAACCCAAAAAGAUGGAGAAGACAAGGGCGACGGAGCCUGUCAAGGCGAACAAGGAGGAGCCAGAAGAGCCCCAAGAAGACGAAGAACCAGAGAUCAAAGGACAGCGCAUUCUUACGUCUGGAUCACCAAUCCUCAAUAUGCCGUUUCUGUUCCAAGGUCAUAAUUUGGAGUUCCAGGUCGAAAACAUGGCCACGCAGCAAGUCGUGAUGGUGGAAUGCCUCCAUGAGAGCCAGCAAACCUACAAUGCCUGCGGCCGUGACAUGUGUGUUUCCCUGUCUCCAGCUACAGACUCAACCAAGUUUGUGCGUGUCAAGUCAGACGAAGAAACCUUGGCGCUGGAAGAUCUGCAGGAUACGCCUCAGUUUCACAAGGAUGCUUCCUUCUGCUUGCGCCCAGGAUUGAUCCCUGAAAACUGGAUCCAUCAUUUAAGCCUUGAGUCCAUCGCACACCCAGGAACCUAUGCAAUCCAGAGCCAGUCUGGUAACAACCUCUGGAUCUUGCAAGAUCGGGAAGAUAUCGAAAACACUUCAAGGGCAUCCUUCCAAAUGGAAGUGGAUGCUCCCAUGUGUUCGGGGCCUUCUGACUGCGGAUCGUACAUUGAGUUUGCAUGCCAUUCUGGCAUGUGCUAUCCCCGCAAAAAUGUAGGGGACUUGUGCAACAAUGAGCAUGAGUGCAAGAGUCGAAAGUGUGUCAAGGGACUAAUGGGAAAUCUAUUCAAGGGGCAGUGGGUCAACAUGUGUGGCUAUGAUCCAAAUGUUCCACAGCCCAUGUAG